UGUAGAAUGUGGUAAGCGUUCGAUGAGUUUCAAAUGAAGUUUGAAUUGCUGUGUUUGAAGAGAAGCGCGCGCAGGAAGCUGAUCUUAUUCGCUGCUCAGCUGAAUUUCUGUUGGCUUAGUGCAGACCCUGCCCUGAUUGCCUUAUAUCCACGUCUAUUGACGUGUAGAGAGCAGAUGGAGGCAGGACUGAUCUGAUCUUUAGUCUUCAGAGGUCAUUCUCGCUACAGUUACAGCCACUUGUUGCCAAAUCGCUCAAAGAGCGCGAGCGCGUCGCGAAACCGUUUCCAUAAAGAGCUAUUUCUUUGCUUUCGCGACACACAUCUAGAUGUUGAGACGGAAAUACAAGCACUUCUUCUGACUUUGUUUGGGGAAAAAGGUCACUGUUGAGCAAAUUCGUCGCAUUUGACGGGAGAAGCAUGGUUGACAACACAAGCAUAGCAACUAAAUCUGCACUGCAAGCCGCUUUCUCGUCGGCGAGCUCUCUUCCUCUGCUGGUGUGCUCCUCCGGGGCUCACAGUCACUCGAGCGGCGGCAGCGGGAUGAAGCUGGAGGCGGUCAUGGAGAACCUGCAGCGGCAGCAGGCGGCUCGACUCGCCCUGGAGGAGAAACUCCGCCAAGCCGACAAGGAGAAAGAAAUCAGAUCAAUGGUGGAGUCGCAGAUUCACCAGCAAGCUAUCGCUUUCCGCCACUAUCAAGCAGCGGUGAGGGGAGCGUUCGCUGCGGGAGCCCCGAACUCGAGCUCCGGCCAGACACACGAGCUCACAGCCGACUCCGACAUCGAUGAUGAUGAGGAGGACGACCCAGACCUGGACCGCGGCAUGGAUGAUGAAGACCGCGACUUGGAGGAAGAUGACAGUAUGAAUGAGGCUGGAGGGGAUGAAGACAUGGAAGGACCCCUCGCUCAUUACCCACCACACCAUGCUGUUUAUCCCGGUGACGGGCAGUCUCCAAAAAGUACCCCGAUACUUCUGUCCAGAGUCCAGCCAACCUAUUCAGCUCCCAGACAGACUGAAUCACCGAGUGGUUUGGCACCGCAAGCACAAUCACAGCACCACGAAUGGACUUAUGAGGAGCAGUUCAAACAGUCAGGCCAAGGCAGCGAGCCAGGGAGGAAGCUGAAAGAUUCGAGUGCUGCUUUCGGUGGCGGUGGCUCUUCGUCUCUGAUUCAGGAGCUGUACGAACUGGACGAUGAUGAGAAAAGGAAGGAGUUUCUUGAUGAUCUCUUCAGUUUCAUGCAAAAAAGAGGGACUCCAGUGAAUCGGAUUCCUAUCAUGGCCAAGCAGGUGUUGGAUCUCUACACUCUCUACAAGCUUGUCACUGAAAAAGGCGGCUUAGUGGAAGUCAUCAAUAAGAAAAUAUGGCGCGAGAUUACCAAAGGCCUGAACCUCCCUACCUCCAUCACCAGUGCGGCGUUCACCCUCCGAACACAGUAUAUGAAGUACCUCUAUCCAUAUGAAUGUGAAAAGCGUGGACUGAGCUCUCCCGUGGAGCUUCAGGCAGCUAUCGACAGCAACCGUCGGGAAGGGCGGAGACAGAGUUAUGGGUCCACCCUCUUCAGCUACUCCCCUGUGGGAACCCCCACACUGCUGGCUUCCCCAAAACUCCAGAUGCCCCACAUCAGCAUGUCCACUCCUAAUGGUGGGCACAUGACUCAGACCUCUGUUAUCAAGAAAGAGGACUCCAUGCUGUCCAGCUGCCUGACUAACAGGGUGGGCAUCCCUGUGUCUUUGGCCAGCCACCACAGUGCAGCUCAGGCGGCUGCGGCUCAGGCUGUGCAGGCGGCCACAUUGGAGCAGCUCCGGGAGAAGCUGGAGUCUGGAGAGCCACCGGAGAAGAAAGUGAUACUGAUGGCAGAGGAGCAGCAGAGAAUAAUGCAACGUGCAUUACAGCAGAAUCUCUUCGCCAUGGCAACCCAGCUACCCGUGAACAUCAAACUGAACAACAGAGAUGAUAGACAAGAGACUGCAUUGAACCUGUCUACCAAUGGCAUUAGCAGCAUCAACAUGUCAAUAGAAAUAAAUGGGGUUGUCUACACAGGGGUCCUGUUUGCCCGUAAGCCAACCAUAGGUUUCAUGCCAGGCAGCCAUCACCAACACAGCUCCCAGAGAAAGAGCAGCAGCCCAGGCCUCAGCACCCAGACACAGCGGUCCUUCUCUUCCUCCUCACACGGUCCAGCCAGCUCCCCUUGAGCCUCUCCCUGACCCACCUCACUUCACUCAGCUCCCCCUGACAGGGUCAAUCUAGGACACUCUGUUGGACCGGUGUUUUCUGUCUCCUUCAAUGUACACUGUACACUCUUUACAGUUUUUCUAACCCUCCCCCUGCAAUCAGGACAGGAGCAUCCGUCAUCAAAAAAACUUCCAUAAAAAAAAGGCUGAGCACCAACAGCUGAUAGCCGCACAUUUGAAGUGUGGUACAUUUACAUAUGCAGCAAGUUGCAGUUUGUAAUUUUGUUCUUAUGAGGAUUAAUUAUUCAAUGUGGAGCGACUAAACCAAACUGCGUGACAAUGAACGAUGACCAUGAACACAAGGAGCGGUGUGACGCUCGAGAGGACGGGAUAUUCCUCAGACAGAGUGAAUGUUGCAUCAAAGCAAGAUUCUUCACUUUCCUACACAGAUCCUGACGUUGUGGCAUCUUUAUCUUUACUUGUUGCGUUCUUGAAUCAAACCGCAAGCUAUUAUCAGCUAUUACCAAAGAGAACAAGAGCGAACAUUUUAGUGGUUUAUUUGAUAAUGUUACAAUAAUUCAUGCAGAGUUUUCUCACCACCAUCACACAUCUGAUUCCACUGCAAAUUUUCAGAAAGUUGAAAUUAAUAUCUUGAUUUUAAGCAAAGCACGUCCCAUUUAACUUGGGCAUCAAAUAGUCAGGGAGAAAAAGUUCUUUACUGAAUUACUGCUUAAAUAUAUGUUUGUAAAGAAAAGCUAUCAUUAUAUCCAUCGAAGCAGUCAUCUACACAAUCUUUAAAGGACUGGGAGAAUCAUAAUUCUUGACAUAUGUGCAAGAUUGGUCAUGUAUAGCUUGAUAUUGAGGAAAGCUGACAGGAUUAUGUCUGCUAUAUUCUCUUCUCGUGGCUGGUUUUGGCCUGCAGCCGUGGCGAAAUUUAUUCCAUUGAUUAGGGAGUUAUUUGGGGAACACUUGUCGACAAUGUUUAAUGAUUUUCCACCAUCUCAGC